AUGGCACUCAUCAAACAAGACCGGGUACAAUUGACGCCUCUGAUGAUCCCAAAAUCUCCCGAUUUUGACGUCAAAGAUUCCCAAAUCUUCAAAAAACUUACGACCUUGCCCACACCGGAAGAAGUACGCUCGCAGGCUAAAGCCCAACAUCUAGCAGGAGUCUGCCCGGACGAUAGAAAAACCUUCUCGAUAACCGUCCCUCAUGUGCGACCACCACCUGUGAUGUUCAAGGAUCUGGGGCUGUUUGUCAAAUGGGGAAGCGCUGUGAGUAUUUCAGAGGGUCAGUGCCUCUAUGCUCUCGGCCAGCUCCUCAAAAACCAUGUCCCGGUUCCGGAGAUAUACGAAUGGCGGGAGGAUGGCGACCAAACUUUCAUUUAUAUGGAGUAUUUGCAUGCGCAGACUCUGGAGCAAGUGUGGGACAAGCUGGAACCUGAUGACCGCGUUUCGAUCUUUUGUGAGCUCCGGACAAUCUCCGGCAACCUUCGCCACCUUGAACAGAAGCCGGAAGAGUCAUUCAUAGAGCAUUCCACGUCGAGUCCAUUGCCCGAAGCAGGGCCGUUCAAUACCGUCCAGGAGUUUCAUGGCUGGUUCACUUUCCUGUAUCGAAAACCAAUGCCAGAUCCAUAUUCUGUUCCAAUUGAACCUUUCCGCCAGGACCUGCCUGAUGAUAGUGAAAUCAAAUCUACGCAUGGCGAUCUCCACCGGAGCAACGUCUUGAUAACGCGCUCUGAGCCUUAUCAUGUUCUUGCAAUCGUCGAUUGGGAACAGUCAGGCUGGCUACCUGUGUACUGGGAGGCCAGAAAAGCGCAGUAUACUGCUGACAGAAAUGACGAAUGGUCUACAAAAUAUUUGCCAAUGAUUUUGUGUCAGUUUACCAGCACUUGGGAUCCAUGGGACUACUACACCACGGCCAUGGGAUGUUGA